AAUUUGCGGAAGCACAUGUUGAGAGCAUUGCAAUAUGUUAAUUAAUUACUAUCUGGGCUAUUUAGUCGAAUAGGGCAACAUAACAGCCAUUCUAAACGAAAUUGACAUUUUGUUUGCCUCUUUUGCCGGAUGUUGUAUUGAAUUCCUGCACAAUGGUUCGAGCAUUAAGGCGUAAAAAGAUCCGGAGGCCCAAAAAUGAGCAACAGUAUGAUGAAGAUGACCCAGAAGGUUACAAAAACAUGCCCGUACCAGAUAAAAACUCCAAGGACCAAAUCGAUACGUUUCAUGAUGAGAAGAUUGAGAAACUCCUCGCCAGUGGAGUUCAGUUGCAGAGCGAUGACGAGGAGCUGGAUGAUGAGGAGGAAGUCAUGGCCUUGGAUGAUUCUGAGACGGACGACGAUGAAGAUGAGCAGGAGGUCAGUGAGGAGAGUGAAGGCACCGACAUGGAGAGCGAUCUCGAGGGGAAGAAAGAGGAAGAACUUCCCAAUGAACUAGCAUGGGGCACCAAAAAGAAGAUGUUCUAUGACUCUGACUACGUGGCCACAAAGGGAAAGUCACAUGAUGAGUUGGAGGUGGAGGAAGAGGAGGAGGAGGAAGAAGCCAAGAAAAUCCAAAAGCGCUUGGCAGAACAUCUCAGCGAGGAGGACUAUGACUUGAACUUUUUCCAGGAGUUUGCCACAGAGGAGAAGACUGAGGCGAUGGUUGUGGAAAAGGAGAAGAUUGUCAAGGACUUGAAACAGAUGUCCCACAAGGAGAAAAUGAAACUGCUCAAGAAGGAGUCGCCCGAGUUGCUCGAACUCAUUCAGGACUUCAAGGCGAAGCUUACAGAAAUGAAGGACCAGCUGCAGCCACUCGUGCAGAUGGUCAAAGAUGGAAAGAUCCCACCGGGAAAGGGUGCCGACUACCUGAAGACCAAACAGCAGCUUUACCUCAAUUACUGUACGAACAUCAGCUUCUACUUGGUGCUCAAAGCCAAACGGAUCCCCACUCAAAACCACCCGGUCAUCGAACGACUGCUCACCUACAGAAAUCUAAUCAACGAACUGAGCUUAGUUGACGCCCGCCUGGCGCCGCAGUACAGCAAGUUGCUGGCUGCUCGGGAGGAAGACGAGAUCGCCGGGAGACCAGUAGCAGAGAAGAAGGCUGCAGUAGCCCCCCAAAAAGACAAGGAUUCUGUCAAAGAGGCACCAGAGACAGAGAACGCCUCCGAUUCGGACCUGGACGAGGAGGCGGCAUUGAGAUUCUACAGAGAAGUGGAGGCGAGGAUGAAGUUGAAGAGGAAGAGCAAACCGCAAAACCCUGAAGAGGUGAAUGAAGACGUGGAUGAGGGGGAGGAGUUGGAUCCAGAGGCUAAAAGAGGCAUCACGUACCAGAUGGCCAAGAACAGAGGGCUCACUCCCAAGAGGAAGAAAAUCGACCGCAACCCUCGAGUCAAGCACCGCGAGAAGUUCCGGCGGGCUAAGAUCCGCAGAAAAGGCCAGGUCCGCGAGGUUCGGCGUGAGGAGACGAGAUACAGCGGAGAACUGUCUGGUAUUCGCGCAGGAGUCAAGAAGAGUAUCAAACUCAAGUAACAAAGGGGAAAGCCUCAGGGCUUUGUUCAGUGGAAUGUGGUUGCGAGUUUGAGUAUUUGGCUACCAUGGUUGUAUAACAAUAUUGACAUCAUGCAAGGUGAAUAAACGUUUUACAAUCUUUAAUGGUUUGUACU